GCCAAGUCUAAAUUUAGACGCAUGAUAGUCGCGCAUGCGUAAUCGUUCUUACAACUCUACCAUUUCAAUUGUAAGGUUUCAGGAACGCUAAGGAUUAAAAGAAAUUCCCAAAGAUGGCAAUCAAAAUCGGUAUCAAUGGAUUUGGCCGUAUUGGUCGAUUGGUAAUGAGAGCAGCUAUUGAGAAGGGUUUAGAAAUUGUCGCUGUUAAUGAUCCCUUCAUUGAUCUUGACUACAUGGUAUAUAUGUUUAAAUAUGACUCCACACACGGUCGAUUUAAAGGUGAAGUCAAAGCAGAAGGCGGCAAAUUGAUCAUCAAUGGUAAACCCACAAUCGUUCAUAUGCUCCGAGACCCUACAGAAAUCCCCUGGGGAGCAGCUGGAGCUGAAUAUGUAGUAGAAUCUACUGGUGUUUUCACUACCUUAGAAAAAGCUGGGGCUCAUUUCAAGGGAGGAGCCAAGAAAGUUGUGAUCUCAGCCCCAUCAAGUGAUGCCCCUAUGUUUGUAAUGGGCGUCAACGAAGACAAAUACGAGAAGAGCAUGAACGUUGUCAGCAAUGCCUCAUGUACCACCAACUGUCUUGCUCCAUUGGUGAAAGUUGUCAACGAUAAUUUCGGUGUUGAGGAGGGUUUAAUGACCACUUGUCAUGCCUUCACAGCUACACAAAAGAUUGUUGAUGGCCCAAGCAUGAAGGACUGGAGAGGUGGUAGAGGAGCAGCCCAAAAUAUCAUUCCCUCUUCAACUGGUGCUGCCAAGGCUGUGGGCAAGGUCAUCCCUGAAUUAAAUGGUAAAUUAACAGGAAUGGCUUUCCGAGUUCCAGUGGCUGAUGUUUCUGUUGUUGAUUUGACUGUUCGACUUAAAAAACCAGCCAGCUAUGAUGCUAUCAAAGAAGCUAUAAAGAAGGCCAGUGAAGGUCCUAUGGCUGGUGUUCUGGGAUACACCGAAGAUGCUGUUGUCUCCGCAGACUUUAUAAGUGAUACCAGAAGCAGUAUUUUUGAUGCCAAAGCUGGUAUUGCCCUCAAUGAUAACUUUGUCAAACUCGUUUCAUGGUAUGAUAAUGAAUAUGGUUACAGUAACAGAGUUAUCGAACUUAUUCUACACAUGUCCAAACAGUAAUCUGAUUACCAACCUCUCGUUAAUAUUUAUAUCUUGUUUACUUAGUGCUGAUUUUAAACGUGUCAAAUUUGGGACAGUCUUUGGUUCCCAGCUUGUCAGGUGCCCCUUUUGGUCUUAUUACCUUAAGGUACACUCGCACCAUAGUGUUCACCAGUUUCGCAUGAUUGUGCAUAAUGAAAGUUAUUUUUCUUCACAUCUAAACGUAACUGGUAAUCGCUAUGGUGUGAGGGCCCCUUAAGUGGUUACCUGCAUCACAGGUUGGGAACCAAGUCUUUUAGUGUUCAGUGAAACUUACAAAGAUUACAAACAGCUUUAUGAACAAAAAUUGACCAAAAUCUACUACUCUUGCUCCUAUUCUUGAUAUAUUUUGGCAUAUAGCUCUCACCAUAAUGAACUUCUACGCAAAAGAGAAAUGUAGGUCAAUGACAUUAGCAUACUUGGGACGAUUUACUUUUUAGGCCUAUGGUAUACCUUUUAUAGUCAAAGCAACUUCUGCACGUUCAUGGACGAUUCCAAACAUAAACAGAGCAGUCCACUUUACUUUUGGGUAAAGUAUAUAGUAAUUGAAAUUAAGACUUAAAUUAUGCUCAUUCUACUUAAACUACCUUAAAUUAAAGUGGACUAUUCCCAUGUAUGUUUUGGACUGUUCUUGGACGUGCAGAAGUAUCCCUGACCUAAUUUUAAGGUCAAAGUUCAAGUUGUGUUUUUUUUGUGAACUAAUAAAUUCACCCAUAGGAGUGUUUCUUUUUUUGUUGUCUGUCGCUUGAGGCCCUGUUCAUACUAUUCAUCUAUUUGCUCCAGUGGUGAAUGAUAGACCCAUUAGGGUAGAAAUACUGAAUAAGUACCCCAUUAAAGGUGAAAAUAACCCCCAGUGUUUCAAAAAUACCCAAUGUUCAAACCCAUUCAUGGUGCAACUGUCCCCCAUUGUGAAGACUACCGAAUAGCCACAUUGAAUAGACAUGGGCGCUAUGUGAACAGGGCUUUAUACCGAAAUAUCCGUUCAGUAAAAAUGUAAACGUUCUGGUAAGAAUUUGUGUCGAGUAUUUAAAUUGUUUACAACAGUUGAGAAGUCACUAUAAUAAACUUGAUAUUAUAUCAUAAAAAAAAAACUUAGAGGGGGAGGGGGUGUUGAUACACAGAAAAUAGAAUUUAAUAUAGGCAUAGAGGUACGGAUCAAGAUACGAUGCGCUUCUGCAGUGCCCACAAUCUCGCAUCGAAUACCUAUAUACAACCCAACAGGUUACAGUGACCCCCUUUCAUAGGGCGGAUAUACGAGGUGCUCAUAGAAAAUCACAACUUUAUCUU